CUGGAACAAAACUUCCUCUACAACAGCAUCUGUCUCGCUGAGAGGACAAAGACAAUCUAUAUGAGUGCAUCAUGGAGAGAACCUCAAUCGUGUUAGACCACAGGCCUCCCACUCCACCACAGUGCAGCAUCUCACCAUCCACCUUGGCCUUUGACCAACGAUUCACCUCGACAGCUAAGGGCAUUCUCCUUAUGGCAGAAAUAGUCUGUGGGAUGUUGGUGUGGAUUCUGCUAGCAGGCACAGAAUAUUUUCAGCUCUCUGCUCUCUGCUGGGUUAUGUUUGUUUCCAUCUCAUGCUGGGUCAUGACCAUUUGCCUCUUUAUUAUCUAUCUCACUGGAGUCCAAAACAGGACACCCCAAGUGCCCUGGACGACACUGUCUCUGUGUUUAAACAGCAGUGCCACAGCUCUGUAUCUGCUGACAGCAGUGCUAGAAGUCCUCUCGCUGCAGAGUAGCGUUGCUGGGCGACACACCCACAGCUGCUGGACUGCAUCUGCAUGUUUUGCCAUCCUGACUACCGUGUGCUAUGGAGGUAGCAGUCAUCUCAGCUACCAGGCCUGGAAAACCACCAAAGAAGAGCUCUAAUGUCAUGUCUUCUUUUCUGUCUUUGUCAGGCGUAUCAUAGUGUUAACCUUAACAGCUAUCAUAACUCAUAUUUACUGAUUGUUUUAUAACAUUAUGAUGUAAACAUUAUUUGUACCAGCAUAUUUGGUAAACUAUAAAUAAAAGUGAAUUUAUGCAGUGA